AUGUGGGUUCGCACUUACAAUUUCUCCAACACUUCCCUGGGAGUUGAGUGCGAUGGUUGGGUUGACAAGUUGGACUGGAGCUACAAUUUUACUUUGAUUGCUGGUCCAGUCCCUCAAUGUGUGAAGCGUGAUCCUCUCGCUGAAAUUGAUGUGUGCUUGCAAGGCUUCAACGGGACGCUCACUCAAGUACCAGUCAAUGGCAGGGCAACCUUCACAGACUUAGUCAUCUGGCACAACCUUUGA